GAAUUAUUUAAAAAAUCCCCCACUUUAAAGGUCGUAGAUCUUGACGAUCUUGAACAUCAUCCAUUGAUUCAAGAUAACAAGAUCAAAGUAAAUACACUAAACUGACGUCCGUUAGUUAGGAUUUUUAAGUUGAUUCAUGCUGUGUUAGCACUCAAAUUCAAGUUCAUCUAUUUUUAGAAACUUAUAUUUUUUGGCCGUAUCUGAAGGUGGCGUGUUUAUUCAAAACAGAAAAUUAAACUGAUUUACUUCUCUGCUCCGCCCCAAGUCAACAUAUCACUUGGUGAUGCAAAGCUAUGUCCAUUUCUCCUGAUGCUGCUACGGCAUCUCGUUGAAUUUUUAGGACUUGUUCAAGUCAUCUUAUUUAAGUUUCAUGGUUCUAAAUUCAUUUUGAAAGUCAAAAUAUCAGUUGGCGAAAUUCUCCAAGACAACUAACAGAAGAUGGACGGAACAAUGAUAUUCACUCACCAUGUAAUACACCCCUCGAUUCAAGCUAUCGACUCAUCUUAACACUGCAAUAGAUCGAUACAAAAUACAUCAACAGAAUACAAAGAAUCGAUUGAAUCAAUACAAUGCCGAUAAGUGCGUCACGGGAAGUUGCAAAUAAUAUGUAUUCCCUAACAAAUAUUGAUAAAGUCAUUUGGCCGAUAAAUUGUGACCCCUGACACGCGCUCGAGACGAAAAAAAUAUUUGUUAAUUAGUCACUGUUACUCCAUUUAGUGAACAUGAUGUGGUUAAAGGGAAUAUUGGUUUUGUGCGCGUUUGCUGCUGUUUUUGGACAAGAUGACACCGAAGAAGAUAUUUCAGAGGAAGUCAAACUGGCUGAAGGCGAGAAGAAGCUCAGUGAGAAUAUCCUAGUCAUUCUCGACCACUUCAAACAGCCAGAUCCUGUGGGAGUACCGGGGGCUGAUAUACCUGACCCCUUCGCUGUCCCGGAUAUCAAGAAGACUCUAUCCUUGGGUACACUGGUUAUGACAAAAACGGUUGUGUAUGGAAUGAGCAAGCUGAGGAUCCAGCAUGUUGAUGCCGAAGUUGGUGCUAUGCAGGCAAAAAUCAUAAUGACGAUUGACAAACUCCAUGCUCAAGGGAACUACACAAUAUCAUCGUGGUUCAGUUCAUCCCGGGGACCCUUCACGGUGGACAUCACUGGGCUCACUAUAACAGCUAUGGCUUCCCUCGGCGUCGAACAAAAUGGAAAGCUGCAGGCUCAGACCAUAGACGUUAAAAUAAACUUCAAUAAAAUCGCCACGAACUUCGAGAAUAUAGGAUUUCUCGGUGGAAUGGUCCAGAGUCUUAUCAAUAACGGAGGUACGUUCAUCUUCGACGCCAGCAUCCCGCCGAUGCUGAAAGAAGCUUAUCCUAAAAUAAGAGCUGAGAUCAACUCUAAGCUUGAGGAGUUUGCCGGAGACGUGCAGUUCCCAAAUUCCAUCUCCCCUCUUGACAUGGUUAUUAUCGACUUUAGAAAGAAAGUCCGCGACAUGAAACUAGAUCCCUAUCAAAUAAAGGAUUACAAUACUACAGUGAGCAUUUUCACAGUCACUCUGGCUAAUACUUGGGUAACUGGGAUAUCUUCAUUCCAGCGAGUUGGUAAUAUUACACUCAGGAUGGAAAACAACACAGCUGUGGCGGACUUCGAAAUAGGCACGCAGAAACUAGAAGGUAAAACGCAGUGGGAGAUAUCAGCUGUGAGCGGUCUUAUGUCAGGAGCUGGUUCCACGGCGUUCUCAGUUGAAUACAUAACAGCGAGGCUGGUCCUAGCUCAACCGCUCGACACUAGAAAGAAACCAGUUUUCAGAGACAUCGAUCUUGAAAUGGGGAACAUUCAGAUAAGAAACCACGGAGCUGGGACUAUAGAUUACGUUGUCGAAUUCAUGGUGAACAUAAUACCAAAUCUACUGAGAUACCAGAUCAUGGAUGGUAUCGAAGGACCGUUAAAGAGGAGAAUACAGCAAGAGUUGGACAAAAUCAAUGUUGAGGAAGUGGUGAAGCAAGAACUUCCUAAGCUGGAUGAAAUGCAGAGCAAAGGGUUCAAAUUGUCAGAUAUUAAAAGCUCUGCAGGUGAAAAUGAACCUUAUGAUGAAGAUGAGUUCUUUAACUUUUAAAUAGUCUUAGUAAGAUAUUAUAUCCAAUAGCAGCUUGCGUAAGCCCUACUUUUUAGGCAAAAGAAACUACUAAGUUAUUUAGGUACUUAUAAAACUAAUUUAAUCAACGGAGCUUUAUAGGGGUUCUCAAUAGAACAUUUAAGAUUCCUGUACGUUAUCUUUUGAAUGUUUUGACGAUAUUCUUUAUUUUUAAUAGUGUUGUUUUAAGUGACUAAUGCAAAAUAAAUUCUAUUUGCACUUAUACAUUUUCACACUCCAUUGUUUAAAUAUUGAAUCAUCGUGUCGUUGAUAAUGUCAAUACGGAAAUAAUAAUUAAAUCUGAUGAUUUUAACAAAGA